AUGUUAGAGGAGAAAUUAGCACAUUUCCCUGAGCCCGUCAUCAUUAGUAAAGUCACAAAGCCCAAUCCGAUUUUAGGCCUAACAUCUUCAAGAAAAAGGCAAGACUUGAAGAGAAAGGCACAAUCCAUGGAGAAAUCCCGUCUUGACGAGUGCUAUCUCGGAUUCAACAAUUGGCGCCCACCGUGGGGCUGGAAACGCUUCUCGCUAUUCAUCUCGAAGAUAUCUAGAUUUUCACGAACUAGCAACGAUGGUGAACUCGAAAGAGAACACUCCCACCGGGAGCCCGUCUCCCUCAGAAGAAAACUUAAGCGACAGUCUACCAGCACGAUAGACAAGUCGCUACCCGCUGAAGGUAGGGACAAGCCUGCCCUACAAGAAACCCAUCUUUCUCGCCACAGAGAUCCGUCUCGCCGCGAAGAUCACUUCGCCGCAACGAUCUCCUCCGCCAAGAAAGGACGAGAGCCCCCCUCCGUCCGCACCACGCCGCUCGAGAAAAUCUUCCUCGAGCGACAAACCCCGCAGCUCGAAGAAAUCCUCCUCGAGCGAGAAGAUCCUCAAACUCAUGGAGAAUCUCGUCAAGCCACUCGCCGACGGUUUCGAGUCAAUGCGAGCACAGCAGAAAAAGACUCAGGAACAGGUGGAAGCCCUAGCACGAGAAGACGAUGA